AGUGACGUCAAGGAGCGGCCUUAAGAGUUUGUGGGUGAGGAACCAGAUAAGGGGGCCCUCGGAGAGAAGGGGGUCAUUGAAGGGCGAUUUUGUCCCAGGACGGCGAGGGGCCUCUUGCGACAGCUCGGAAACUCCACGCUGUCCACACUGCGAGCCGCGGGGCGCUUCAUCCACGUGUUCGGGGGGGAAAAGCCGCCCCGGGACCGCGGGGGACGUCCAAGAAGAAGCGUCUGUUGCGGCGCCCGCCCAGGGCCCGGGACCCACCCUGCGUCUCUCUCCGAUCGCCGGUCCCCGGAUGUGGGGGUCAUUUUCAUAAACAACCUCUCUACCUGUCCUGGGAGAUAACGAAGAAAAGGAAAUGAUGAGCCCUGGGCUGCCCAGUUGUCCUCAGGACGCAGUGACCUUCCCCGACGUGGCCGUGAGCUUCACCCCAGAGGAGUGGACGUGCCUGGAUGCCUCACAGAGGAAGCUCUACAGGGACGUGAUGCUGGAGACCUACCAGCACCUGCGGGCCAUCGGGAAUUUCGGGGAGCAGCCUGCUGUGAUCCCUGAGAUGGAGCCAGGGGAUUGGAAGACAGAGAACAGAGGCCUCUGUCCAGACCGAGAUCCGGAACAGAAGCACACGGAUGUGACCUUUCAGCAGUUGGAAUUGGAUGGUGUGACGAACCAUAGGCUAGAAACGGGAAGUCGCCGCCCGGGGUGCGAGGCCCAGCCGCCUGAAAAAGACGCGAGGGACCGUGGUGCGUCCCUUCCCCUCCUUGGCAAGCCUCCCGCCGGAGGGAUCCCGCGGGAUCAGCGGCUGCAAGAUGCGGGCUCCUCGCGGCUGUCGCCCGGCUGCCCGGAGGCGGCGGCGGUGGCUGCUGCGGGGCGGACCCCAGCACCGCCGCCGGCGCCUCCCUCCCUGCCCCCGUUCCCCUGCGACAGCUGCGGCAAGUGGUUCUGGAACCCGACCUCCCUGCACGCGCACCGGCAGCUGCACGCGGCCCUCAAGCCCCACGAGUGCCCGGAGUGCGGCCGGGCCUUCAAGACGGCGCGGCAGCUGCGGGUGCACGCCAAGACGCACACGGGCGAGAAGCCCUACACGUGCCAGGCGUGCGGCAAGGCCUUCACGCAGUCGUCCAGCCUGCGGCAGCACCUGCGCAUCCACACGGGCGAGAAGCCCUACGCCUGCAAGGAGUGCGGCAAGGCCUUCACGCAGUCGUCCAGCCUGCGGCAGCACAUGCGCAUCCACACGGGCGAGAAGCCCUACGCGUGCCCCGAGUGCGGCAAGGCCUUCACGCAGUCCUCGGACCUCACCAUCCACCGGCGCACGCACACGGGCGAGAAGCCCUACGUGUGCGACGAGUGCGGCAAGGCGUUCGCGCAGUCGUCCAACCGCAGCCUGCACAUGCGGAUGCACGCGCGGGAGAAGCUGUGCGCCUGCAAGGAGCUGGCGGCCGUCGGGGGGCCGCCGCAUCCGCCGCCGCCCCCGCCGCCCCCGCCCCCCGAAGACCUCCCGCACCCGCUGAGCCCCCCGGCCGAGAAGCCCUACCCGUGCGGCCAGUGCGAGCGCGCCUUCGCCUCGGCCUCCGGGCUCACCAAGCACCUGCGCACGCACACGGGCGAGAAGCCGUUCCGCUGCGACGUGUGCGCCAAGGCCUUCAGCAGCCCGUCCUACGUGACCAUCCACAAGCGCUCGCACACGGGCGAGAAGCCCUUCGCCUGCCAGGUGUGCGGCAAGGCCUUCGCCGCCGCGCCCCUGCUCACCAUCCACCUGCGCUCGCACACGGGCGAGAAGCCGUUCCGCUGCAACAUCUGCGGCAAGACCUACCGCAACUCGUCCUACGUGACCAUCCACAAGCGCUUCCACACGGGCGAGAAGCCCUACGCGUGCAAGGAGUGCGGCAAGGCCUUCACGCAGUCCUCGGACCUCAGCAGCCACGCCAAGAUCCACACGGGCGAGAAGCCCUACUCCUGCCCCGAGUGCGGCAAGGCCUUCACCAAGCGCUCGGGCCUCACCGAGCACCUGAAGAUCCACACGGGCGAGAAGCCCUACCAGUGCGAGCAGUGCCGCAAGGCCUUCCCGUCCGCCUCGCGCCUCAAGAAGCACGCGCGCUCCCACGGCGGGGAGAAGCCCUACGCCUGCAAGGAGUGCGGCAAGGUCUUCACGCAGUGCGUCGAGCUGGCCGAGUACGUGGCCAUCUGCCCCGUGUAA